AGAUGCUCCUUGUUAGAUGCUCCUUCCAACACUGAACUACUAGCAGUACUGCGGCCAACCUUUUCUACGAGCGAGUCGUCCGUCCGCCCCACUUUUAGAAUGUCACCCGCUUUUUCAUCGGCUUAUUACUUCUAAUAGUAGCCUGCUCAACACCACCUCCACCAGAGGCCGCACUGCGCAGCAAACGCCCGCGCGCUCGAACGAAUAUCGCCCCCCGCAUUUCCGAACAGGGGAGCCCCAUUAUCGCCCAACUCUUUUCCCCAUCAGCAGUCGGCGCCGUCUCGUUUCGUACACUCUUCCGCAUUCUGUGCCGCCGCGCCGUCGUAGUGGCAGCAUAUAACUGAGUAGCAGUCAUGGCGUACGAGCCUGUGCUCAGCAUGCCCCCUCCUAUCUCCUGCGACCAUCACAUCCGAGACGCCUCCGCCGCCGCCGCCUCUACCGCCGCCGCCGCCGCCGCCGGUGGCGGCCCCAAUGGGUUCCUGGCGUCGCGGCUGAUCCGCAGGAAGCUGGAAGACGUGGAGAUCCGCGCGCUGGAGGGCAAGCUGCAGCUUCUCGAGACGCAGCGCCAGCUCAGCGCCGUGCGGUGCGAGCAGUUCAUGCACAUGCUCGAAUCCUCCAUGGACCGAUCGUCGUCGACGGCCCCGUCAUCGCCGUCUUCGCCGUCGUCGUCGUCAUCCGUGUCGCCGUCGCCGUCGCCGUCGUCGGCUUCGGCGUCGGUCUCUUCUGCUUCUCCCGGCGUCUCCGAGCUGCUGUCCCCGGAGACCGCUGCUAUAUCGACGGCGCCUCGGGGCGCGAGGUUAGUGCUGACGGUGCCGCGAAGCGCGAGCCGCAGUGGAAUGGACGGCUGGGAUAUUGCCGCGGAAAGCGCAUCGGAAAAGGUCUCUGCGUCUCCUAGGGUCGCAGCAGCGGCAGCAGCGGUAGCAGCAGGAAGCGAGUUCAACUCGUUCGCGACGAAGACGACGACGAUGUUGACGAAGACAACGCAUGGCCUUAGUCGAAGUCUGAGCCACCAUGCUCUGGAAAUACCCCGCGGCGCGUGGGACAUUCCGCACCUCUACCCUCUUCCUCCUUACCGGCGGUCGUUCGAGUUUCCCAAGAAGCCGGCGGCGCUUUCGCGAACGCCGAGGCGGCGCAGCGAGGAGGGCGGCGGCGCCGCGAGGAGGCAUUGCUGCCACGGAGAGGCUGCGGAGGAUGCGGGCGAUGAGAGAAACGACGACGAGGAGGAGGAGGAAGAAGAGGAGGAGGAGGAGGUAGAGGAGGAAGAGGGAAAGGGAGAUUAUCCUGAGGAGGAAGCACGGGAGUGGAGGAGGCGCAGACGAGCUGCUGCUACUACUGAGAAUAGUACCAGCCGGAGCCUUGUCUCUCCGUCCUUCCUCCUUCUCUCUCAGUCCUGCCCCACCUCGGCCUUUCAUCCUCGCUCUGCGUUCAGCAGGAGCAGCAGCAGCCGCCGCGGCGGCAUUCCCAGCAGCACCAGCAGCAGCGUCAGCAGCUGCAGCAGCUGCAGCAGCACCAGAAGCACCUCAGGUUUCAACCACAGCAGUGCCACCACCAGUAACCAUUGCCACUGCCAUUGCCAAACCCAUUGCCAGGCCCACGCGUCAGGAAGCAGCAAUGCCAGCAGCUUCGGCUGUUCCAGCAGCAGCAGCUUCCGUUGCAGCAGCAGCAGCAGCAGCGGCAGCAGUGGCGGUGGUGGCAGCAACUGUCUGGGCGGUGCAUUUGCAGGGUGCAAGCCGCCAAGAAGCAGCAGGUCACCCCGCGUAGACACCGCCACUGCCAGCAACGGCCUCUGCUACCCCGGUGGCCCCACCCUGGCAGCCGUCUCCCCUCGUGCCACCCUCCCAUUUUCGCAAUACUCGCAUCACGCGCAUUCCCCACGCGCCCCCCCCUCGCCUCGCUGCUCCUUCUCCCCGCGUGCUGCCGUCUCUCCUCGCUCCUCCUGCUCUCCCCGCUCCUCCCACUCGUCCCGCUCUCCCCGCACCUCUCGCGGCCCUCGCAGCUCAAGGCCCGUGCGAGUGGAGCUGUUUCGACACGCCAGCUUGAGCUCCCUGCUCGAGCCCUCCUCGCCUUGACCCCCGCCGUGACCCCUGCCUUGACCGAUGGACUGAAACUGCAACCUACAACGCAUCUGCAUCAACGAGCAACACACCUGCUGCUGCUGGCCCUUGCAGCUCAGUGCGCGCCUCGCCUCGGCUCACGGUCAGGACGAGCAGGGCCGUUUCGUUGACGUAGCCUCGAGAAUCGAGUCCCUGGGAGGCUCUGCACUGCAACCCAGAUUCCACUUGCUGGAGGGGACCUGGCAGUUGGGCUGGUACUGCUAUUGAGUCAACUCAAGACUUGAGAGCAGAAUCAGAACAAGGCUGGCACUGUGGCUGGCGCUGGGAAUAAGCUGUGACUCACGGCUGGACGCGUUGGCACUACCUACCAUGUUUGCCUCUGCCCCUGCCAUGAGCUGCUGGUACUGCCGUGUGCAAUUGUUACUGCAAGUGACUUGGGCGGAUGCCACAUGUGGGAUGUACUCUGUUGGUAGGAUAGGUCAGCCUCAUACCUUACAUGGCUUGUAUUGUAUCGUAUGUACUGAUGAUUGGCAAUCAGGCA